CGCAGCCCCCAUGAGUCCCCUUCCGCGGUGGAGGCCCCCGGCGGGCAGGAAGAAGCAAAAGGCGGUGAGCCCAAGAAGGUGGAGGAGGAGGAGAUCGACAUCGACCUGAGCGCGCCUGAGACGGAGAAAGCCGCGCUCGCCAUCCAGGGCAAAUUCCGCCGCUUCCAGAAGAGGAAGAAGGAGUCGGGGCCCUGA